CUCUAAUGAGAUUGGUCAUCACAUUCAAAUAUUGUCCCUAGUUGUGUUUUGCCUCAUCUACAGUGCAUGACUGGCCUUCUUCAUCUCUAGCUGCUCAAGAACCUGACGAGCGUCUUCAAGUUGAUCUUCUUCAUCUGGACCCUUCCCUUCCAAAGCUUCAACAACUUUCUUUUGGAACUUAAUGGCAAGUUCAUAGCUGCAAAAAAGGAUCCAUCUCUACAAUGGUUAAUGGGAGUGGGGGAGCUACGAGACUUAAGCACUUCGUCCGUUUCGCCUCUGUUCGCCGUCCGUCUGCCAGGGAGAGCCAGCAGCCGCAGCAACCGUCGAGAACAUUCGCCGCUGUCGUCGCCGUCGACGCUAGGGAUUCUGACCGACGUCCUCGCCUCGUCCCUCCGUCACGCGCAGCAGGCCGGCGAAACCAGGGAAGAGUUGCAGCGGCGAAUUCACUCCGAUUCAAGUUCAAUUCGUCGUUUUUCGAGGUAGGAACACGGAAUUUGAUGGGCAACCCGGAGGGCAGUGAAGUGGUGGUGGCGUGGAUGGCUCUUGUUUACUUUAGUAAUUAAACUACAUUAUUUUAUUUGAUUAUAUGGAUUGUUGGACGUUACUUUGGUUUAAUUAUGCUUCCGCGACUUUUGGACUUGUUUUAUUACUCCGAUAAAUUUUGGUUUAGCUU